CUGCUCGAGUCGCCCGUGUGCGCCCAUUCACCGUCGAGAGAAGCCGAAUCGCGUGGGUGUGAGCGAGCGAGCGAAGAGAGGACAAGGCCCGGUACCACAAGCGAUCGACCAGGACACCACCCCUACGUCACCACCCCAAAGUAUGGCAGCCGCAACCCAAACCGCUCGAACCUCGUCCCCGUCCUCCAAGAUGUCCUCUCCCAAGGACAGCAAAACUAUUCUUCCUACCGUUACCAAGACUGAAGCUGAGCCAGUAAAGGCCGAGUCUUCUCCCAAGGUACAGCCUGCGAUCACGGAAGCGGCCACCAACGCAGACGCUGCCAAACCCGCAACCACCAAUGCCCAGCCGUUGGCGCCUCCACCAAAGCCUGCGCCCUCGACCACUGGCGAGACCCCCGACUACUUCAACACCGUCCACAACCCCUUCUCCCUCGAGCCAAACGUCUUCGAGCAGUCCUUUGGCGGCGAGUCUGGCAACCUACAGACGCCCGGAGGCCGACCUAUUCUUCCGCCCGUUGCGAACAUUACGUCACCAAACCCCCUACCGGGCAUCACACCGGGGUGGCAAGGCUUACGCGCAGGACCCUUGAGCCCUGCUAUGCUGAGCGGGCCGACUGGACAGACAGAUUAUUUUAGCGAGUCAUUCCGAGGCUUCCCAACCCCGAACGAAUCCUCUCUCCGCACCGGUCUAACUCCUGGCGGCGGUGGUUCCAUGUUCCCAGCUCCUAGCCCGAACACCCAAGCCAUCUUCAACCUCCAAAGUGCUGGCGUGACACCUGGUACUGCCGACUUCCAGCAGUCUGCUCUGCGCGCCGCUGCUCAACACCAAGCUAACAAUAACAAAGCCACCUCCAACGCGCCCACGUCGCAGCCCGAAGGCGCCACCGCAGGAAUGGACCGCCCUAACAACAACUACCAGCAGGCGCAGCAGCCACAACAGCGCGCCCAGAACGACCCAUAUCCGAACCAUGACGUCAGCAGUGCCGCUAACGACCUACUAUCCUUUGCCAGCCAAAACGGCGCUGCACGCAACAACCAGCCACCUUACUCGAUGGCUCCCCAACAGCAAUCGAUGAACGCCGGGCACAUGCCCGUCCAACCCGUCAACGCCAACCAUGGCCGCCGUGACACCAAGGGUUCCAUCAACAGCGUUCAAUCUGCAGAGACCGGUGACUUCUCAGAGAGCGGCCAGAGUGAGCAAAACAAGACUGGUACACGGUCACGUGCGAAGAAGGGCGCCGCUAAUGGCAAACAAGCUGCCGGAAAUAAGCGCAAAGCUGAGGACGGCCCCAAGAACUCAAGAAAGAAGAGCAACGCCAACCAGCCUAUGGGCGACGACAUGGACGACGGCGACUCCGAUGAUGAGAACAACAUCAAAGAGGAAGAGUACGACAGCAAGGGCCGCAAGAUGACCGACGAAGAGAAGCGCAAGAAUUUCCUUGAGCGUAACAGGGUCGCUGCUCUCAAGUGCCGACAGCGCAAGAAGCAAUGGCUGGCCAACCUCCAGGCUAAGGUCGAACUGUUCAGUACAGAGAACGACGCACUGUCUGCUACUGUCACUCAGCUUCGUGAAGAGAUUGUCAACCUCAAGACUCUUCUUCUAGCCCACAAGGACUGCCCAGUGUCGCAGGCCCAGGGCCUCCAUGGAGCCGCCAUGAACAACUUCCUCGGCAGCGAUAUCAGCCAUCAGAACCCAUAUGGCAUCGCUCAGAUGCAACCCAACGGCGUCCACAUGAUGCCGAUGCAGCAAGGCCAGAUGAUGAACCGGUUCGUAUACCAACCCCAAAGGAAUUCCAGCCCCGACGAUCAAGAGAACGGGCGGUAUCCUUCCAAGUACUGAGACAGUCGCUCACUUGUGUCAGGUAACUGGGAGUAAACAAGCUGCCUGAACAUGUUACACGUGUACACCGCCAUUGUCAUGACUCCGCAUCAUGGCAAUGACGCAAAGCGUGGGUCAUCAGCAGCCGCGACGAUCACGAUGCUCUACCCGUACGACCUUGUAAUCUACCAAUCCUUCUCCUUGCUCCUUCUCCUUGACGCAUUGUCGUCGCUCUCACAACGCAUGGACGGCGCUUGGCGUUACGUCAUUAU